AAAUAAAAAAAAUCAAUAACAGUUUGCUGUCAAACGUUUUUCAUAACACACACAAAGGGAGAGAAAAUUUUUGCAUCCGAGCUGCAGCGUUUUGCGUGAAACUUUCGGAAAACUUUAGCCCACUUUUCUGACCUCGGGCCAAAUUGCUUCCAGUUCCGUUGUUAUACUGUUGUUGUGUUCCAACCGAAUAAUCCAAGUGUUGUGCUCUCUCUAGCCUCCAAGUGUUGUGGGUGGUGGUGCUGAAUCACAUUCUGAAUCUCCUGACCGUAGGCGGUCGUACAUCUUUAGAAUUUCUAGUCACAUCCAGGAUCAAAACGCCCAUCCGAGAUGAAUAUCAAAAUGCCAGAUUUCGAUGUGAAAAAGUUCGUCAAGGAUGCGGGUUCCACACUGUCCCGGGUGGUUCAGCUCACGGAGGAAAAGCUGGGAACCUCGGAGAAGACCGAAAUGGAUCGCCACUUUGAGCAUCUGAGCGAACGGUCCGAUUGUGCCCGGACGUGGACGGAGAAGAUCGUGCGGGACACAGAAGCAGCGUUGAUACCGAAUCCGGCCAACCGGGUGGAAGAUUUCAUAUUCGAGAAGAUCGAAAAGCAGAAACCGAAAAGGCUGAGCAAUUUGGAAUACCUGGGGCUGGACAUGAUCGAGGGAGGCGGUGAAUUUGGCCAGGAUGGUGCGUAUGGAAGUGCUCUGAUCAAAGUGGGCCAAGCCGAACAGAAGCUGGGAUCGUGCGAGCGGGAUUUCAUCGGAUCGGCCGGUAUGUGUUUUAUUCAGCCACUUAAAAAGUUCCUGGAAGGGGAAAUGAAGACCAUAACGAAGGAGAAGGGAAUCCUGGAGAGCAAGAGGUUGGACCUUGAUGCAUGCAAGAACCGGGUUCGAAAGGCAAGAAGCAUGUUGGGACAACAAACGAAGGAUGGAAUUUCUCCUGAGGCAGUUCUGGAUCAGGCCGAACGGGACCUUCGGGUAGCACAAUCGGAAUUUGAUCGACAGGCCGAAAUCACAAAACUCUUGUUGGAAGGCAUCAGCACAACACAAGCCACACAUCUGCGACAUCUGCACGCCCUUGUGGAAUCUCAAGUGCGCUACUACGGCCAGUGUAAUAAAAUCAUGAACGACUUACAACGAGAAUUGGCAAGCAUGCGUCCACCAACGCCCCGAUUGCGCGUUAACAGUGAGGACGUAGACCUCACUAGUGGACCUCCCUAUCUUAGCCCGUCACAAAAUCAGCUUUCCGUACAACUACUGACACAAGGCAGCAACUCACCCAACUCCAACCAGCACUGGCAACAGCAGACGAUCACGCUUCACACGAUGGCCGAGGAAGGGCCGAAACCUGUGCCAGCGUCCUUUCCCAUCGUCGAUGACAGUGUGAUCGCCGAGCUGGUGGCCAACAGCGAUCCCAACGACAUAUCGGUCCUUUAAAAAAAAACCGUCUCAAUCCUACAUUCCUAGAGAACAAGAGCAUCGCGAUGAAUGCGAUACCGUAUGAGCUUGCAAAAACUCUGUCUGAAGUCUUUCUCUCUAUAGUCUUUGAAAUCGGACUGUCGUUUCCAUCUGGAAUUAUACUUGUGUGCUUUCAAUGUGCUUGUGUAAAUCAAUUUGUAGAAACUUAGUAGAUGUUCUCAAUUUUUCAAUAGAUAGUUCCAACUAGUUUUCAAUAGAUAGUGUAUGGAGAAUGUCGGUCUAAAAAGGAUUAAACUAACUAAGCCUGAAAAGAUCGAGGAAACUAUACGUCUCUGAUCUUAUGAUUGCACCUUCAAUCCAGUUUAUAGGCUUUGAACGAGAAGUAGAAGUCAAAAGGUUGUAGAUAAGCAGUCAAUAAUAAAAUUAUACUUGAAGCGAAAUUGUUAGAUAGGAAUAAUCGAAAAUUGAGGAAAAGCAAGACUGGAAACUAUCUCCAUGAAAAGUAGUUCUCAGAAUAGUCCAGUAUCCCUAAUAUCAAAUGGUAAUAUUAAACCGAAUACAGAUCAUUUCCCCCAAUUGUUAUUUGACAUCAAUGGUAAAGAAAGCUCAGCCUUGGCAAAGUGAUUUACAUUUUGUCAGAAGUUUAACUUUCUUUCAGGAAAGAUUUUAAAGGUGGUGCACAGUCAAUACGUUUACUGCCCAUGAUCGCAUAACUGUCCCAUAUGAAUGGGAAACCCAGCAAAAAUGGGACUGAUAUGCGAUCAUAGGCAGUUUAUAAGAGAUUGAUUUCUUCUUUUAUCAGCAGAGACUGCUUUAUCGUCUAUUAUUGUACUUACAAUAAUUUCAUGUUGCAGGGUAGUGUUACACAGCAUUGGGGGUAAUGGCAUUCGGGAAUGUGCUACGUUACAAGAUAUCACCUUUAGCAUUUUAACAAAGAAUAAGAAUAUCAAGAAUGCCAACACCGCUGAUGUUCAGGGGGACACUACCGCAGCGCUAUCUGCGGAUGAAAGUUCAACCUUCAUGUGAUAGUGUGCGUUACUUAUUGUAUGCGGAUACCAAAACAUACGCACACCACCUUCUCUUAUGACAAAUCACGAACCCUAUUACAGUGAGCUUCCACCUUGAUACGCUUAGAGAGCGUCACUUGACGUUUACAUAAAAAAAGGCAAGAGAGGACAUUCUUUCUAUUUUUAUUCUUUGCGAAACGUGAUGGAAACGUGAGGAAAAUUCCCAAGUAACAAUUCCAUUACUGAUUAGUUUUGUUUAAUUAUUAUUGGGGUUUCAUCACAGCAAUAAUUAAAAUUCACAGUGAAAACCAUUGAUGAAAUGAUUUAUUAGUAUACUUGAAGAUAUCCAUAAAGCUAGAUUUUAAGAGUAAACAAAACUCUCCGAUAUGCAAACCUUUUGGUAUUCAUUAUUACCACAAUAAAGCUAUUCAAACUCUCAUCAGAUGGCUACCCGGUCGAUUAGUAACGACAUCUGUUGGUGAAAAAGCUGAAACUACGACACUGCUAGGUUUAUUGCGGUCAUCAUAAAAGUAAACUUGCUUUCGUUUAUUUUCGCUAAUUAUGGUCGUCGCCAUAUUGAAGAAAUAGCUUACGUGAAUUGAAGAUAGUUAGUUUUGCUCAAAUAAGCAAUGAAUUGAUAGUAUGUCGCCUUUUACAUAAUAUGCCCACAUAAAUAAACACUCUCAGUUGAGUUUUCUUGUGAUUCGAGAUAGUUUUACUAAAUUAACAAAUUGAUUUAUUUUAUUCCAAGUUGAUUAUGGGAUUUCUUGCAUUGAUCCACCUGAGAUUAUUUUCUUACAGAUUUUCUCGAGAUUAUUCCCAGAACUCUUCCCGGAAUGUCUACUAGAAAUCAUCCCGAGAUUCUAGAUGACUCUGUUUUGGAAUUUAUUUAAAAACUGCUCCCGGAGUUCUUACAGGAUUUUUUCAGAGUUUUUCUCUGAUUAUCACCUGGAAUAAUUUAUGAAGUUUUUUGUAAGAAAUUGCUGGAGAAAUAUCUGAAAGAAUCCCGGUUAACUUUUGUGAAAAUCUCCGCAAAAAGUUAUUGGAGAAAUCUCGAGAAGAAAUUCGAAAGAUAUCCUGAGAGAAACUGGAACAUCUCGGAAAAAAAUUCUUAGACUAAUCCCAGGAGGAAAUAUUGAGGAAAUUAAAGGAAGAACUCUAAUAACCUCUAAAGGAAUCCUGCAAGGAAAUCCACGAGAAAUAUCAGAAAACUGUCUCUGAAAGAAAUCCCUGGAAAAACUGCUGCAAAAAUCGCGAGAGAAUACUUUGUGGAAUUUUUACUGAUUGAAUUCUUGAAUGUUUUUUUUUUCCUGAUUUGGAUGUCAUUGUAGGUGGAAUUGUCAAAGCAAUUUCUUGAAAUUAACCCAAAAGAGCUUUGGGAAAAAAUAGAAAUAUUCAGUUACCGAUUUUUUUUAUACAUUCGAAAGAGUUUUGUUAAACAGUUCUUGGAAGAAUUCACGAUUUGGUGGAAUCUCUAGAUAAUAAAUCUUGCGAUUUUUUCUUAAAUUUUUUAACUUAAGUUUAAGUACAUUUCUGAAUAGUUUUUGAGAAGUAUACUUAUUUUAUAAAAUUAGGACUAUUUAUUUAAAUAUUAACAUUUCAAAUUCACCCUGGUAAAACCUGGAAAACUCAGUGAAUUUUGUUUUGUCUUAUGAGUAGCCACAAUUCUAUGUGUUGUGUAAAGGGUGAUACGGUCAAAAUUUGGUCACACAAUUUUUUUCAUAACUUUAGACUGCGUACACCAAAACAGCUGAUUUUUGGACCACUAAUGGUACAUUAUAUGUAGCUUAUACCAUAAAAUUUUCAUCAAAAUCGGUUUAGUAUUUGCGGAGAUAUUGUGAAUAGGGGCCAUCCAUUAAGUA